UUUAGUUUAGUAGCGGUAUAUUAAAAAUUCGUGGCAUUUAUUUUUAAUAAGUACUUGAUUCGAUACUUUUUCAAUGGGAAAGCAUAGAAUAUAUAAAGUGCACUUGAAGAUAAAAGUGAAUGUGAAUGUGUUUAAGUUCUUUUAACGCGAAAAUGAUUGUGGAAUCGUAAGUUUUAGAACAUAAGAAAGUAUUACUACGUGGAAGAAUAUUGUAUACGACUGCAUAAACAACAAACAAAGCGCAUAAGCAGCACAAAAACAAAAAAAAAAAAAGAAACAUACAUAGAAAUUACAUAGAGAUGAGUAUGGACGAGAAACUAAAGUAUUCGCUGCUACGUGGAGAACUUGUUGACAGUCAAAGCGUUUGGACGCGACAUGAAAAGCGUGUAUGGUUCCUCACACUCAUCACAGGCACUUUGAUGCUAUAUUCCACACGCACAUCUAUGCCUUUACUUAUACCCGCUGUUGCAGCAGAACAGAAAUGGAGUAAAACUGACUCGGGUACCGUGUUAAGCUCAUUCUUUUGGGGCUAUACAUUGACACAGGUGGUGGGCGGGUACUUUAGUGAUCGUUUUGGCGGACAACGUGUAAUACUCUUUGCUGCCAUCGGCUGGUCACUGAUAACAUUCUUUAUGCCAAAUAUUAUAUGGAGCUCAAACGCGAUUAAAGUAUAUUCCAUUCCGUUUAUCGUAACUAUACGUAUUAUAAAUGGCGCAUUCCAAGGUGUGCACUUUCCAAGCAUGAUUAGUUUAACUAGCCAGAAUCUCUGCUCAAAUGAGCGCACAAGCUUUUUCGGUUUACUUACAGCCGGCUCAGCUUUGGGUACGUUGCUCACAGGCAGUCUAGGUUCAUUUGUUUUAGACUACUUCGGCUGGCCAUACGUAUUUCGCGUAAUUGGCUUUCUGGGUAUAUCAUGGGCGUUGAUGUUGCGCUAUUACACAAUGGCUGGUGAGCGUGGUAGAAUUAUUAAUGUAUCAGCGCCGUCGCGAUUAUGUGCCAAUAAACAAAUAUCUGACAAUGUACCUUGGUUACGUUAUUUUCGAAAACUUUCAUUCUGGGCAUGUGUACUUACUCACGCUUGUGAAAUGAACUGCUUCUUUGUUCUACUUUCCUGGCUGCCAACUUAUUUUCAUGAUGGCUUUCCACAUGCCAAAGUAUGGGUAGUCAAUAUGAUACCAUGGCUUGCCUUGCCGCCAUGUACACUAUUUGCACGGUUUUUGACCGGACGUCUAUUGGCACGGGAAUGGUCGACGUCAGCUGUGCGUAAGAUUAUACAAAGCUGUUGUUUUGCUUCACAAAACCUGGCACUAUUUAUUAUGGCACGAACAAGUGAUUUUCACACAGCCUUGAUUUGCAUGACCGUAAUAAUAGGUGGUACUGGUUUCCACAAUAAUGCAGUCACAGUAAAUCCCCAAGAUUUAGCGCCGUCUCACUCGGGUAGUGUUUUCGGCUUGAUGAAUACAGUGGGAGCAGUGCCAGGAUUCUUAGGGGUUUAUCUUGCUGGCCAUAUACUAGAGAUCACACAAAGUUGGCCCAUUGUAUUUAGCACUGCAGCUGCUAUUAAUUUAGUUGGUUGGGUGAUAUUUGUGGUAUUUGGUUCAGCUGAGGCUAUUGUGUGAUUUUUCGAAUUUGAAUUUCCGACACGUCGUUAUCAAAGCAUACACAUUUUCCGACGCACUGACUAUAUAUUAUUAUUAUGAAUAUAUAUAUUUGUACAUAUUUAUAGUAGUAUAUAGACCCUCUGAUGAAAAGCUCUAGUAGUUCCUUAUAAUGAUUAUUUAAAUUUUCUUCAGAUCUACAAGAAUUGUGUAAGAAAAAUAAGUUUAAGUAGUAUAUAUUUAAAAUAUAUACGCGUGAUAUGCUAACUUAUAACUAUAAGUAGAAGAAAA